CUUUCCUCCGUCUCAUUUUUCUACCCCCAAACACCAUCAGAACGUAGUAGGUCCGGACAGGGUCCCGGUGGGGGGGGAAGUCAUUGGCUUUUUCCUCAUUUUUAAGUAUCGGCGACAUUCGCACUCCCAACAAUGGACACUCCUCCACCCCAACAACAGCAAGGUCCCAAGAAGCGAGGCCGAAAGCCCAAGCCUAAGGACGACACCCAGCAGCAGCAGCAGCAACAACCCAGCGCCGGCAAGAUGAAGGAAGGAAAGAGAGCGCAGCAGCCCAGCGUCGACGAGAAGUACACUCAGUGGAAGUCACUCGUUCCCGUCCUCUACGACUGGCUUGCUAAUCACAAUCUCGUUUGGCCCUCUCUCUCUUGCCGUUGGGGUCCGCAGCUUGAGCAAGCCACUUACAAGAAUCGCCAGCGUCUUUACCUCUCUGAACAGACUGAUGGUAGUGUACCAAACACUCUUGUCAUUGCAAAUUGUGAAGUUGUCAAACCUAGGGUAGCUGCUGCAGAGCACAUAUCUCAGUUCAAUGAAGAAGCACGCUCACCAUUUGUAAAGAAGUACAAGACCAUCAUUCAUCCAGGGGAGGUUAACAGAAUCAGGGAGCUUCCACAGUACUCCAAGAUAGUGGCUACACACACAGACAGCCCUGAUGUUCUUAUUUGGGAUGUUGAAGCUCAACCUAACCGUCAUGCUGUUCUUGGAGCAAUACAUUCUCGCCCUGAUUUGGUUCUAACUGGACAUCAAGAUAAUGCUGAGUUUGCUCUUGCAAUGUGUCCAACUGAGCCAUAUGUACUUUCUGGAGGGAAAGACAAGUCAGUAGUUUUGUGGAGUAUACAGGACCACAUAACAGCAACAGUUACAGACCCAACGAAAUCUCCAGGAGCUGGUGGAUCAAUCGUUAAACAGAACAAACCAGGGGAAGGUAAUGACAAAGCUGCUGAAAGCCCUACUGUUGGUCCUAGAGGUAUUUUUGUUGGGCAUGAGGAUACAGUUGAAGAUGUGGCAUUCUGUCCAUCUAGUGCACAGGAGUUCUGUAGUGUUGGUGAUGAUUCUUGCCUCAUAUUGUGGGAUGCACGGGUUGGCACUAGUCCAGCUCUUAAGGUUGAAAAGGCACAUAAUGCUGAUCUCCACUGUGUUGAUUGGAAUCCCCAUGACAAUAAUCUUAUCUUAACUGGGUCUGCUGAUAAUACUGUCCGCUUGUUUGAUCGACGGAAUCUCACUUCUAAUGGAGUUGGGUCACCCAUAUAUAAAUUUGAGGGUCACAAAGCUGCUGUUCUUUGUGUACAGUGGUCUCCAGAUAAGUCAUCUGUAUUUGGAAGUUCUGCAGAGGAUGGCCUCUUAAACAUUUGGGAUUAUGAUAAGGUUGGGAAGAAGGCAGAGCAUGCUGCAAGAAACCCAAGCCCUCCUCCUGGCUUGUUUUUCCAGCAUGCUGGGCACAGGGACAAAGUCGUUGACUUCCAUUGGAAUUCAUCUGAUCCGUGGACUGUUGUCAGUGUUUCUGAUGACUGUGAUACUACUGGUGGUGGGGGAACAUUGCAGAUAUGGCGUAUGAGCGAUCUGAUCUACCGGCCAGAAGAGGAGGUUCUGGCUGAGCUGGAGAAAUUCAAGUCCCAUGUUAUUUCAUGUGCCUCCAAGUCUUGAGAAACAGUUACGAUUGGGGAGAAACCAGAACUUUCCCUGAUUGCUCCCAUGAAUUUGUUAGAAAUUUGGUGUGAUUAUGAUGUUUAGGUCUGUGAAAGGUAGUAGCUUUUCCAGAUAUGAUGCUUUUCUUUUUAGGACAAACAAGAUUUUUAGUUCUCAUUUCCCCAUUUGAAAAUGAUGAUGAAUGUUCUACCCUACUAUAAUUCUUUGAGAGACUUCUGAAACUGCUGGAAUUGUACUGCGUCCAGGGAACCUGCCAUGGUUGUUGUCUAGGUCACCAUGUAUGCUACAGAACCUGUCAUCUUUUUCAAUGUGUCCUACACAUUUUGGGUCUACCUAUUUGCCUGGAAGUCAUCCACGAA